AUGUCGUCCACCACCCGCACCGUCCCUCCCACCGCAAAAACCUCCGAGGCCCCAGAAAACGUAGUCCUCAAGCCGACCGCCAACGGGCCCAAGCCCUGCUGCGUGUGCAAGGACGAGAAGGCGUCGCGCGACGAGUGCAUGCUCUUCAGCGACAAGGGCGAGGUGCAGUGUCUGGACAAGAUUGCGGCGUACAAGGCGUGCAUGGCGGGCUUUGGGUUCAAGAUCUAA